AUGGCGCCUCGCGUACAGCUUGAGAAAGCAGCCUGGCGCUGGGUCGAGUCGGUGAGACCGGAGGACAUACAACGAGAACAUAUUGAGAUAGCUUACCGAAUCUGUGUACCGGCGUGCAAGAGGGGAGCAUGCAGGUAAAUAGGAACACAUAGCUAACAAUUUUUCAAAUUUCUUCAAUUCCCAUCCUUAAAACUUGGCGUUUAUGUCAUAUUCAACUGCUAUAAUGUUGCCAGAUCACUAAGAGUGAAUUGUGUUGCACAACUAUCUUCUUUUGUCUGCUAUUUGAUUAUCUUGUAGCUAGCUAGUCACUCCGUUGAAUGUCAUGUGCAUACACAAUAUGAGAUUUCAGCUAUGGAAAGAUGGGUGAAACGCUUUUCAUGACUCGUUUCCUUUCCUCAAGUAUUUUGAUAUUCACAUUACAGAACGGUAUCUGCUUCCUAAUGCUUGACGUUAUUCCCUGGUUUCAAUGCCUGAAGCCACUGUCUAUAUUUACUUAAAAAAUUAGAUUGUUGUUAGGAUAUUGAGGUCUCUCCCCCUGACUUGUUACCAUGCUUAUAAAGGAGGAAUUGUAAAGGGAACCCAAAUUGUCUUGUCGGUGUUGGGGAACAUGCCUGGUUGGGGGAGAUCAAUGAGAACAGCUUCCACAACAUUGACGAUCCAAAUUCAGAGCGCCGGGACAAGGUAGGCCUACAUCCAGAAGAUUCAUCAUGAACUCAGAUUUACACCUGCAAGGAUGUGCUCCUGCCUGUUUAUAAAUCUACAUGACUUGGGUCAAUUUCAAGUUAAAUUGUCUGCCUUUCAUCUGCACUGAUUUGAAAACACUGGAUGAAUAAGAGAUACGUUUGUUUGAACUUGUCCAACUCUCUCUUACCCCCCUUAUCCAUAUCCCUAUCCCCUCCCCCCUCUUGUUCUUGCUCUUCCCCUCUCUCAGAACACGUUUGUGGGUCUGACGAACCUGGGCGCCACGUGUUACGUCAACACCUUCCUGCAGGUGUGGUUCCACAACCUGGAGCUGCGCAGGACCCUGUACCUGUGUCAGAACGCCCGGGCAGAGGAGCACAACAUGGACUCAGGUGUGCUAGCCCUUGGAGAUAAGCUCAGACUGUAGGGAUGUAACAAUUUACCAAUACGCAUCGGUCCACGUUUCAAAUGUUUAAGAUAUAAAUGCAUCGGCCCGUGGGACCCCAAAUCGAUCCACAUUUGCUCAAAUUACUUUCUCUCUACCUUCCAAAAAACCCUAAUCUUUUGUGACAACUACGUCCUGACCUUCAGUGUCUAACUAAGCAUGUAAUUGGCGGCAGGUAGCCUCGAGAUUAGAGUGUUGGGCCAGUAACCAAAAAGUUGCUGGUUCAAAUACCGGAGCCGACAAGGUAAAACAAAUCUGUCGCUGUGCCCUUGAGCAAGGCACUUAACCCUAAUUGCUGGUGUCUCGGGAAGUUUGGAUAUGCAAAAAAACAUAUUAGCAUUACACACUUGUGUGUAACAGGAGAAAUAUAAGCACCCCCCAAAUUAGUACUAUUGUGUUGACAGUAAUUGAUCUACAAGUCAUAUUGCAUGCUGAACAACCCCAGGCAAUAUCAGUAGCCUAGUCAAACUGUGCGCCGUGCGCAGCUUCACGCUGACCAAUGAGAAGUAGGCCAAUUCCUCAUUGGCACAUCUAAGUGUGCCAUUCUGUAAAAUGCGCUGUUGAAAAUUGUGUUUUACCUGAAUAAAAGUAGCCUAAGCUACUGCCUUAGACACAACUCUCAUCUGGCUGUACAUGCUGAUCAGGGUUUACAUUCAAUUUUAUUUUGAAUGUUCAGGUUCACCAUCAGCAAUAGUUUUGGUCGUUUUUCUUGAAACAAUAUAUAAUAAUUUGUUGAUAUACAGGAUAAAGGUGAUAAUUUCCUAUAUUCAUUGGCUAUGUCAUAGCACAUUUUUUACAGGUAAAUAUUGAUACAUUACUAGCUCUAACAAAAAAAUGACAAGUGGUGGGGGGGGGGGGACAAAAAGCAAACAUUGCCCCCCCCCCCAACUAAUAGUAAGGUGGUAGAUUCCCAGUUUCCCUUAUGGCUUUGCUCAGGUGCCUACAUCUACCAUAUACAGUACCAGUCAAAAGUUUGGACACACCUACUCAUUCCAGAGUUUUAUUAUUUUCUACAUUGUAGAAUAAUAGUGAAGACAGCAAAACUAUGAAAUAACACAUAUGGAAUCAUGUAAUAGCCAAAACAGUGUUAAACAAAUCAAAAUAUAUUUUAUAUUUGAGAUUCUUCAAAGUAGCCACCCUUUGCCUUGAUGACAGCUUUGUACACUCUUGGCAUACUCUCAACCAGCUUCAUGAGGUAGUCACCUGGAAUGCAUUUAAAUUAACAGGUGUGCCUUGUUAAAAAUUAAUUUGUGGAAUGUCUUUCCUUCUUAAUGCGUUUGAGCCAAUCAGUUGUGUUGUGACAAAGUAGGGGUGGUAUACAGAAGAUAGCCCUAUUUGGUAAAAGACCAAGUCCAUAUUAUGGCAAGAAUAAGCAAAGAGAAACGACAGUCCAUCAUUACGUAAGACAUGAAGGUCAGUCAAUCCGGAACAUUUCAAGAACUUUGAAAGUUUCUUCAAGUGCAGGCACAAAAACCAUCAAGCGCUAUGAUGAAACUGGCUCUCAUGAGGACCGCCACAGGAAAGGAAGACCCAGAGUUACCUCUGCUGCAGAGGAUAAGUUCAUUAGUUAACUGCACUUCAGAUUGCAGGCCAAAUAAAUGCUUCACAGAGUUCAAGUAACAGACACAUUUCAACAUCAAUGAUGUAAAUGUAAACAUCAACUGUUCAGAGCAGACUGCGUGAAUCAGACCUUCAUGGUUGAAUUGAUGCGAAGAAACCACUACUAAAGGACACCAAUAAGAAGAAGAGACUAGCUUGGGCAAAGAUACACAAGCAAUGGACAUUAGACUGGUGGAAAUCUGUCCUUUGGUCUGUUAAAUCCAAAUUUGAGAUUUUUGGUUCCAACUGUCUUUGUGAGACGCAGAGAAGGUGAACGGAUGAUCUCUGCAUGUGUGGUUCCCACUGUGAAGCAUGGAGGAGGAGGUGUGAUGGUGUGGGAGUGCUUUACUGGUGACACUGUCUGUGAUUUAUUUAGAAUUCAAAGCACACUUAACCAGCAUGGCUACCACAGCAUUCUGCAGCGAUACGCCAUCCCAUCUGGUUUGCGCUUAGUCCCACUAUCAUUUGUUUUUCAACAGGACAAUGACCCAAAACGCACACCCCCAGGUUGUGUAAGGGCUAUUUGACCAAGAAGGAAAGUUAUGGAAUGCUGCAUCAGAUGACCUGGCCUCCACAAUCACCUGACCUCAACCCAAUUGAGAUGGUUUGGGAUGAGCUGGACCACAGAGUGAAGGAAAAGCAGCCAAAAAGUGCUUUGCAUAUGUGGGAACUCCUUCAAGACUGUUGGAAAAGCAUUACUCAUGAAGCUGGUUGAGAGCAUGCCAAGAGUGCAAAGCUGUCAUCAAGGCAAAGGGUGGCUACUUUGAAGAAUUUAAAAUAUAUUUUGAUUUAACACUUUUGUGGUUACUACAUGAUUCCAUAUGUGUUAUUUCAUAGUUUUGAUGUCUUCACUAUUAUUCUACAAUGUAGAAAAUAGUAAAAAUAAAGAAAAACCCUUGAAUGAGUAGAUGUCCAAACUUUUGACUGGGACUGUACAUAAUUUACACACACAUAAGUCAGCUCAAACAGAUCAUGGCCAGAGAGGCCCAGCUCCAUCAGCAGCAGAUUUUAAUUUAGAAUGGAAAAUGAAUGUAUUUAUGCAACAAAUGUUAGUGCAUUGUAUCACAUCGAACCAAAUCACAUCGAUUCAUUCAUCUAAUCAAACUGGAUCGCACUGAAUUGUUUCAAACUAAAACGUAUCGUUUCUGUUUCGUAUCGGCGCCCAUGUAUCUAAAUAUGUAUUGAAUCAUCUUGAAAUGGACAGAUGCAUAUCCCUACCAGAUAACUGUAUAGAUUUCUUCAGGUAAACCCAAAUUGAAGUGCUCAAACACCAUUUUCCCUUUCUCAGACUACGAGCCUCGCAACAUAUGUGAACACCUGCAGUACCUGUUUGCACUGCUGCAGAACAGCAACAGAAGGUACAUUGACCCCUCGGGGCUGGUCAAGGCGCUAGGACUGGACACAGGACAACAGCAGGUAGUCUCAUUAUCUUUUUACAUGCACAGGAAAGUGUGUGAAGAGUUCACUAUGUUUGGCAGAAGCUUAGUUAUUUUUAUAGUGGCUAUAGGAAGAAAACGAAGAAUACAAUUUCAAAUGUAAACUUUUUCUAUUUUACUCAUCCUCAUCUCUCUAUUUCUCUCUCCUGCCUUUCUUUCACAUUCAGGACGCUCAAGAGUUCUCCAAGCUCUUCCUUUCGCUAUUGGAGGACACAUUAUCCAAACAGAAGAACCCAAACCUGCAGAAUGUCAUUCAGCAACAGUUCUGUGGACAAAUGUCUUACGUCACUGUGUAAGCCAGCACUAUAUUCACCCAUCAACUUUAAUCAGACUUAACUAACAUUCUAACAACCCAGUUGUACUUUUAUUUGUUAGAAUUUGGAAUCUUCCGGUAGCCAUGAGAGAUGUACUUGUCCUUUCUUGCUUUAUUGGUUGGUUUUAUAAAGUCAUGCGUUUGACUAUUUUGUGCUUUGAUAUCAGUGGUUGUGCCAGUCAGAAAUGCAACAUGAUUUUUACAGUCUUUUAUGAACAUCAUAAAGGCAGAUGGGAAAGUGCUCUGUCUGUUUAACUGGACGGUUCAUGUCAGGUUGGACACUAGGGAUUUUUACUAGAGGUUUGGCUUUGUGGCUGUGAAGGUAAUGCUUUUAUCCUGGCCACGCUUUUGCCAUUUAUGAUUUUGGAUCGAGAUCAAAACGUUUCUUCGACUAGUACCUAGGUUUUAGUCGCCUUAACUCAACCCACACUUCUACACAACACCAAUACCUUUCAAACCUCUGAGAAACAGCAAUAACAGAUAGACUGGUGCAGACUCUUGAGUAAACCUGUGUCUGAGUCUGUGGGUUUAUGACACAGGUGUAACCAGUGUGGCCGUGCUUCUCCCCUGCCGUCCCGAUACUACGAACUAGAGCUCAACAUCCAGGGCCACAAGAACCUUACGGAAUGUGUCACAGAGUUCCUCAAGGUAACCCUUCAUCAUGACAUCACAUUAGUCAUGAAGAGGAUGAUACAUCAUGUUGUUCUUUAAGGCGAUUAUGCAUUAUGAUAGCAUAUAGUUCAUUAGGGUAACUAAUGCAUUUUGACAACACAUCACAAAGUUCUGAGUUCAAAAGGUAACAAUGCAUUAUGACAUCAGUUCCCAAAGGUAACAAUGUAUUAUGUCAGUGUUCCCCAUGGUAACAAUGUAUUAUGACGUCAGUGUUCCCCAAGGUAUUAAUGCAUUAUGACGUCAGUGUUCCCCAAGGUAUUAAUGCAUUAUGACGUCAGUGUUCACCAAGGUAUUAAUGCAUUAUGACAUCAGGUUUAUUUCCCCUAGGUAAUUAAUCGUGAUGUAACAGACUGAGUUUUUAAAUAACAUUUGUGAGUAGUUGGGUUGAAUAGUUUAGAGUUUUAUUUUUAUGACCUCAGUGUUGACCCUGUGAUCUCUCCCUGCAGGAGGAGAAGCUGGAUGGUGACAACCGCUACUUCUGUGAGAGCUGCCAGAGCAAACAGAACGCCACUCGACGCAUCAAACUGCACAGCCUCCCACGCAUACUAAACCUGCAGCUCAUGCGUUUUGUCUUUGACAGGUCAGUUUGAUUCAUUCAGUCUGUCGUUUUGUAGAAGGGUCUCUAGUCCACCAUCCCUCAGCCCACAACUCAAAACGUACAUGCCUUCAUUAGUAGUAGCCAUAUGCAGUAUCACUGAGGGUCAAGGCAACAACUCUAACUCAGAACUGUCGCUGAAUGUUGUCUUUCCUCUGAUUCCCAGACAAACGGGUCACAAGAAGAAGCUCAACACCUUCAUCAGUUUUCCAGAGCAGCUGGACAUGGGCCCAUUUCUGGAGGGCAAAGGUAUCGCCAGCCUUGCAAUGGCUCAACACAAUAUCCUCAUUCUUUACAUGUGACCGAAUAUUUAAUGAUAAAGAUGGAUACAUGACCGAAGUUCUGUGAUAAUGGUAUGAUUAAAGCUGCCCCUUUACUAUGCGUUAUGACAUACAGACGCACAUAAUCCAUGCUGUGUGUGUUUGUUUUGGGUCUCUUUGGGUGGCGUCCCCAGAAGAUGAAAAGUGUGUGUACGAGCUGAGUGCAGUCCUGAUCCACCGCGGGGUCAGUGCCUACUCGGGUCACUACAUCGCCCACGUGCGAGACGCCCGCACCAGUGACUGGUACAAGUUCAACGACGAGGAGAUUGAGAAGAUGGAGGGCAAGAAGCUACAGCUGGGCAUCGAAGAGGACAUCGGUAGCCUCCCUGCUCCUUUCUGCAUUAGUCCACUUGUGCCCCCCUUUCCUCCCCUUCACUUCCCUGAAUUGUAGCCGUAUCGUUUUGUAAUACAGCUUGGUUAAAAACUGACAGUUGUUUGGUGGUAAAGUCCCACUCCCUUACCAAAUCAAUCUUUAUUUAAAGUGCAUCUAAAAUCGUAACACAAAAAAUUUUGAAAAAUUAAAAAACAAGACAGGAAGAAUAAAGGUGGUUAAUAAAGGAACUAACUACUCUUCAUCAUGGCUUCUCUUAUACCUGUUCUCUGCUGCUGUUCUGGUCUUUCUCCAGCCGAGACGGUGAAGUCCCAGACCCGUAAGCCCAAGUGCAGUAAAGGAUACCACUGUUCCAGGAACGCCUACAUGCUGGUGUACACGUGCCAGAGAGAGGAGGACACUGACCCCAUGGAGACCAACGUUGAGGUGCCAGGUGAGGAUCAAACAACUGGACUGCACCUGGUGAUGACUGUAGUUCAAUACAUUAUGUACAAGGUAAGAACUGAGCUAGCUGGAUGGCCCUUUGACAUACUUGAUAGGUAAGAGGAAAUGUAUUAAAGCUAUUCUCCAGUAAGACUUGUGUAGUUCUAUGUUCCCUGCAACUAAAAUCAGCUAGAUAUUCUUUGUACACUACCUGUUGCUGCAGAGGUGAUGUGGUUAGAAUGUUGUGGUUGUAUGACCUUUGAACCCAGCAAUGGUAGCUGUGAUGUCAGUGGGAGCCCUCUAUCUGUGCCAGGCUUUCUGCAGAGGCUGGUGGACCGAGACAACAGGAAGUUUGAGGAGUGGUGCCUGGAGAUGGCCGACAUGCGCAAGCAGAGCGUCGACAAGGGCAAGGCCAAGCACGAAGAGGUGAAGGAACUCUACGAGCUUUUACCUGCGGAAGACGGUCGGUAAAAACAUCCCCUUACCCCAGCUAUCACAAUAUUGCAAUAUUAAAGUAGUUAUUUGUUCAUGAUGUUGUAUAAAGCAUUAUAACUAGGGCUGUCAAACGAUUAAAAUAAUGAAUCGAGUUGAUGGCAUUAGUUAUAGCAGUUUUUGAAUGUGCUCAAUUUUGGCCCUAAAUAAAGAUUUUUCCAUUUAAAAAGCAGUGCAUAGAGUUACAGGCAUACUAUGCUUUGAUUGUAAGGGAAAGAAACACAAAAUAAUCUGUAUCAGAAUGUUUUAUUAGCAUUUUCACCAUAAACAACACAAAAGUCACUAACAUACAGCUAUUAAUGCUCCCAAUGUUUAAGUAGGCUUACUAUCUCAUCAAUGGUCAUUAAAUGUAACACUUGCGCACAGCACACACACAGCUUUAAGUACUGUUAAAGCUUCAGCCAUUCUAAAUGAGUGACUAUAUGAAAAAACUGUCUCUAUGGAUACACAGAGCUUUUACAUUUGUCCAACAAUCUUAUGAAAACACUGUAACCAUCUGUACUGUUCAGGGCCCUGUUUCCCAAAAGCAUCUAAAGGCUAAGUUCAUCGUUAGGACCUUCGUAGGAGCAUUAUUAUAAAUCUCCCAGCUGUUUCCCUAAACCCUCGUUAUUAACGUUGCACAUGAAAACGCUCGUAAACUAACGCCUGUCUCAGAUCACUCGUUAGAUGCUUUUUGCCCUCCCGUGUCACUUUAUACACAGAAGAUCUACUCUAAACAUAGAAUCCCAUGGUUUAACAGUCUCUCUGUGACUGCCAAUAACUUCAGAACAUGGUUGACUACAAAUACAAAGUUGCCAAUGUCUGCAAUUGAUACAAACAAGUGAUGUAUAAAAAGAUAAAAAUAAAAACCGAGAUGACUGCAUUAAAAAUAUAAACAGUAGGCUAUAGACCUAUUUCAAUCAUAUUGAAAUACAUUUAAUGUUCAAUGACUCGAGUUCUAUUUUGCUACUUGUAGGCAACUGUCUGUAAUUUGUCUCAAUAUGUAUCAUGAUGUAUAGCCUAACGUGCGCAAUGUUGUACCAAAUCUGUGAUUUAGUGCAUUUAUAUUUGGUAGCCUAAGCAUUAGAAUAAGCCACCUCAAUAUUUGCAGCCUCGGUAAUAUCUCCCUAGGAGCUGAUCCAUCGUCAGUUUUGUGAAAUAAUUCUAAUGUUAAGGUGAUAUUUGAAUGGAUAAAGCUGAUCCGAGAGCAGCACUCCCUUUCUUUCUAUCCUGUCAGUAUCGACACAUGCUCCAACGACGCACUCAGCGACUGUUCUCUGUGCAUGGUGUUUUGGGAAACGCAUGUUACAUCUUCGGCCAUUGUAGGAAAGAAGCAUCAUUAAAACACUCCUAAGCCUAAGUUCCAUCACUAUCGGGAAACUGGGCCCAGAUAACUUUACACACACAGACCUAUACACCCUUUCUCUUUCACUUACUCCCGCUCUGACACACACACACACAAUCAUACACAUCCCACUCUUGCAUAUGCAGCCUACCUUUUGAAGUAUCUCUUUGAGUAGGCUAUUCCUUUUCAGUUCUUCCUGUGCCACCCAAAUUUGUGGUCAAGUUAUCAGGUUGCUAGCUAGAGGCACACUGUCUUCAGCGAUGUAAAGGCGCAAGCAUUGACUGUAGCUGUGUUUCGUGUUGUGUUCUGCACUUUAAAAGGGUCUGUGUGGAAACACGUGCGCUUAAAAGGUUCCGUCCGGUGAAGAAAUGGAGCCGCGAUUAACGGCUUAAAAAAUAAUUUAUGGAGAUAAUUUUGACAGCCCUAAUUAUACCACAUCCUUGGAAUGCUAUGCAGGUGCAUUAACAGUAGCUAUGCUUACUUUGUAAAGAAACAAAAAGGCACAAGAAUAUAGUUUAUUUUAAUUACAAUAAAUGUUGUACGAGAGCAAUAUACUGUGUGUUGCCCCUUUUCAUUCUCCAGAGUUCUUUCACCCAGCACUGAAGUGCAACUAAGAUGUCCAUCUUACAACGUUGAGGUCCAGGUAGAGAGUUUCAUGUUUGUGUGUUUGUUUCUUCCAGGCCAGCAGUAUGAGUUUGUGCCUCUGGAGUGGCUGAAGAAAUGGCUGGACGACUCGACGGUCACCAAAGAAAUCGACAACGGCAACUUCCUGUGUUCUCAUGGUAAACUGCACCCCGACAAGGUGGGGGAGGCCAAGAGGAUCUCCGUCAAAGCAGCAGAGCUUCUCUUUGACAGAUACGGAGGAGGACCCAGACUGGAUGGUAAGAGACAUUGCUGAUGUGCAUGGAUAGUCUCAGCUCCUCUCUGUGACCUCUGACCUCGUGUGUGUGUGUGUGUGUGACCCUGUGUCCAGGGUCAACUCUCUGUGAAGAAUGUGUGGGCCAGAGAUGCAGGGUGCUGCGGCUAAAGAACCAGCUGGCCGAGGACUACAAAGAAGUCACCUGCCUUGUUAAGGGCCCGCCCAAAAGGUAACCACUCACUCACACAGAUUAAUGGCAACAUUUUGUGUUCGUAAAACAGUCCUCGCAGUGCUGAAAGUUAGACAAAAUAACCGUAACCUUAUAGAUACAGACAUAUUUGUAGUACUGCAGCUAGCGAUUGCAACGUGCGCAUGUGUGUAUGUUCUAAUAUCUCACCCCUAUCCGACAGUGAUGAGGGGUACUGGGUGGGCAAGACGUCUCUUCGGAGCUGGAGACAGCUGGCCUUGGAGCAGCUGGAGGAGGACGAGGAGGAGACCAAACACAGCGACGGCAAAACCAACGGAGAGGGACCAGAGAUCACUGCUACUAAAGGUACACAAACCAGCAGAGGUCACAAAGAGUACAACUUGGAUAACUACUUAUCACAAUGACAGGUAGAGUAGGUAACUACAAUAUUAUUAGAAUCAGGUGAGAAAUAACAUGUAUUCACCUCUUUGUGCAGAGAUCAUGAUUGAUUAGGUUGGUUAUUACUGUCUGGUUCUUUAUCAGAGUGUGGCCCAGUAUUGUUUGACUGUUGCUGUCUGAUUCCAGAGUACGGCCCAGAGAACCAGGAUGACGAGGAGAUGAAGAACUUCAACGAGGACAUCCUCUGUCGGCAUGGCGGUCUUAGUAUCCUGGAGAGUGAGAGGCGGGUGGUGACUGUGGAAGUGUGGUCCAAACUGAGGGUGUACUUCCCCAAAGCCCCCCAGUUCACCCAGCUACAGGAGCCAUGUCAGCAGUGCCUGGUAAGAAGGGAUGGACCGAGGUGGUGGGAGGGAUAGAGAUACUGUUGUCUCUCCCUACUCCUCUCUAGCCUUGUAAAGGAAAAACCAAAUUGUUCAAAUUGAGCUGAUCACAUUCCUAUUAACUGUGUGGAAUCCCUCUGGGUUUUCCUGUAGAGGCUGGAGCGUGAGGGCAAAGAGAAUGAGGCUCUGAACAGGAUGAUGGCGUCAGAACAGAAGAGCUCCCUCCUGAACCUGUUCCAGGAGAAGAACAGACCCACACUCACCAAGUGGCCACAGGUAAUAACUAUUAGUACACAGGUAAUAACACAUUUAAUGACACUUAGACUGUCUGAGAACGGAGAGGAGAAAAAACGCAAGGAAAUCAAGAUCGCAUUGACAGCUGUACAGAUUUCUCCAACACGGCAGAAAGCGAACACUAUAUAAUGUCCCAUCUCAUUGAUUCAGCCACUUAGAUAACUAGUAAGUUAAACUUAGGGGUUGCGUUAACGCAGAAUUCUGCGUUUUUCACACAAACGCAGAUCUAAAAUGCUUCUUAUUGUUAUUUCUGCUCGACACAGACUAAUUUUGUGCUUCAGUUCCACUUCUCCACUGGAAGAGAAUUCACGAACCGGCAUUCUAUCAGCAGACAGCUCUCUGACUGUGUAGCUACUUUUCUCUGGUACUUUUCAGUGUAGCCGAAUGUGUUGCACUAAUGUAUUUUCUGUGAAGGAAAACUGUAGUUGCACACCCCUGAUAACUCUGUUGAAGCAAAAAAAACACUGUUGACUUUCAAUAUAAAACGCGACCCCUGUCAAUACACAGCUGGGCUCAACUGCUCCCACUUUCUCCUGUUGUGCUAUUUACAAACAAAACACGUGACUGGCUCAACUGUUCUGAGGAACUACGGUAAGCUUCAUAAUGUAAAAUAAUAUGAGCGGUGAAAUGAAGACUGCAAUCUGCUUUAUCUCCUAUCGUAUUGCACAAGUUGACUGCAGGUAUUUACUUAAAGUAGCUACAAAAAACUUCAAAUAAAUACUUAACUAUAUUGACAGUAUUGAAAAGCCAUCCCGACUACACAGGUAAUACACAUAUAAUAACACAGGUUAGUACACAGGUAAUUACAGUUAGUACACAGGUAAUAACGGUUAUUGCACAGGUAAUAGGUAAUACGUUUGCACACUGGAUAGAUAUCCUAUUGGCUGAACUGAAUAUAUUUGUUGAUGACAUGUUGACAUACUGAUGAACCCAAUCUUUGUUUUAGGAGACGGACAUUCUCUACAUAGUUCCUCUGUUUUUUGUGGACGAGUGGAGAAAGUUCAUCAGGUAAGUCCAGUCUGAAUCCUACUGUUUGAAUGGUGAAGCAGUCAAAAAACAAACAGCCAAAGAUGACAUGAAUGACUGCCUCCUCCCCUCCCUCCCUCUCUGUAGGAGGCCCACUAAGACCUCCCCAGUGUCUAGUGUGGGGAACAGUUUGCUCCUUUGUCCCCAUGAAGGCUUCAUGUUCACCCACGAUUCCAUGUUGAAGGGAGACGCCCAACAGUGAGUGACUUCACUGACCUCUAAUGUCUGAGCCCUGUCGACCCGUGUUGUUGUUUUCAUGUUUUUAUACAGCACUGCUCUGGUCUUUAUCAUCCGUCCCUCCUGGUCUCAUGUUGUGUGCUGUUCCCUCUGCACAGUAUAGCUCUUCUCUGGCCCGGCGAAUGGGAGGUGAUCAGCAGACACUUCCUGGUUGAUCAGCCAAUCUCCAUCUGCCGGAUCAGUGAGGCCACGCCCAACGGCUCCAGUGUGGAGUACACCACCCAGCCUGGUGAGAUUCAAGCCCUCAUGACUGUGUGACUUACUGCUGUUAUUCUGUUCUGAUUCUUUGAGAACUGUGCAGAGGGACUGUUUGGCUGUGUUUGUGUUCUGUGUGUCCAGAGCUUUGCAGGGACUGCAGAGAAGGCUUCAUCUUCCAGCAGCAGAGGGACAUGAGAGAGUACGCACAAGCCACAGUCUACGUCCGCAAGGUCAUAGACGACAAGAGGGUGAGUGUCUCUCCCCCUCCCCCCUCUUUUCUCUUUAGUAAAUAUGUCUGUCACGGAGUGUAAUAUGCAAAUAGUAUGAAUCACCAGAGAAGAAUACAACUUUGUCUUCCUAUUUAGAUAAUGAAGGAGGCAGCUCCUGAGAUGAAUGUGAGUGGGUCGGAGGCAGAGGAUGAGAGGGAGGAGCCUGUUGCUAAGGUGGACGGAGAGCAAGACCCUGACUUUAGCCAGGUAGGACACAGACUGCUCACCUCAGUUUCACUUUUUGUUGCUUAUAAGUCUCUAAGAAUGUAAUGUUUGAGUAAAGGUUUUGUGAAAACUAAGACAUUUACCAAUAAUGUUAAAGUGAGAAGUGCUGAGAGGAUGAUUGACAUGGAUAUUGUUCAAUGUUUCCCUUGCUUCCUGGUCACAUGACCUCUGUCCAGUCAGAGGACGGGGCGAAGCGUCAGAGGCUGGGUGAGGGCACCAUCGGUGCUGCCGCAAGUCCGGCCCCCAUGGCCAGUUGCGGCAAAUCAGGUAUCAGGAGGAGCACGAGGCACAGGAAGCUCCGGGGAGAGAAAGCACUCAUCGUCUCAGCCAAUCAGACACUCAAGGAGCUUAAAAUACAGGUGCGGGGUUCACCAGUGUUGCCAUCGAUGGAGGCUUGAAUAACCAUAAUGCAUCAUCCUUGCCUUUGCACCACACUGAAUCUAAGGAUUCCUAAUCCCUAACUCUGGUGUGUUAAUGGUUCUCCCACAGAUCAUGCAUGCCUUCUCCGUGGCCCCGUUUGAUCAGAACCUGUCGAUCGACGGCCGGUGUCUAGCGGACGACUCUGCCACCCUCGGCAGCCUAGGAGUCAUCCCAGAGAGCGUCAUCUGUCUGAAGGUACAAACCGCAUUCAUAUUAGAUUAGAUUAUAAACUUGAAUUAUUAGCAUUAUUAUUUUUCUUUAAGGGGUGAAGACGGUUAUCUAAUAUGACAGUGAACACGUCGUUAUGUCAUUACCGGAGACGAGCAGCGACUGGUUUAUGAAGUUGCUUAUUCCUGAAUCUGUUUGUCUUUUUUUUCAGGCUGAUGAACCCAUAGCAGAUUAUGCAGCAAUGGAUGAUGUUUAUCAG